AGAAGGCAGCGUCGGCAAAUCAAUGGCUGCUAAAUGCAUCCCUCCUGCCUUUUUCUCUGGAUAUUUUCAUCUGGCCAUUGACGUUGUCAGUGUGACACAUCUGUCUGGUCUGGUCUCUGUGUAACCUUUUCAUCUGCUCUGGGCUACCAGGGACCUCGAGGGGAUCCUUCACCGGCAGGACGCAUAGGAACUACAGCAACUAGAUCCAUGUGAAUGACCACUGCAUGGUGAACUUCUGAUGAAUACUUCUUAGAGUGUCUUCUUCAUGGUUGAUUGACAGGUCACAGUGAUCUGAAUAGUGCCUCUUCAUUGUGUCAUGUUGGAAUGUUUUAGAGCUUCUAAUCUUCCAGAAGGCAACAGGAGCAGGUGGUGGUGCUUUAAGAUUGUCAAGAGGAGACUUUGACCUGUGGUUUUGAGAGGAUGAGAAGAUAAGGAGAGAAAGGGUUGGAGGAUGACAGGAUCCAGACACCGGGUAUUCAUGGACACUGAGGAGAAGAGCAUUCUGGGUCAUAGAUUCAACACAGUCAGAAAGGAUGUCAAGGUCAUCCACUUCCUUUAGCCGACAUGAGGAAACUUAACCCUAACCCUACAGACUCAUUGGGAUGUUCCUCAACACUUUCCUGAGGCUUGCUGAUCCUGAGGUGUGUUGUCAUUGUUUGUUGUGUGCUGACUGAGACAUUGGAGAGGAGCCAUAGCUACCGGACGUGUACGGAUGUCCUCCUCAGGCGACACAGUGGACCCGGGCAGGAUGGGACUACGACCCAGGGCCAGAUCAGGUGGAGAAACAAACAGGCUGGGACACAGAGGGACCCCCACAAGGCUGAGGCUCAGACCCAGAGGGACCCCCACAGGGCUGAGGCUGGGCCUGUGGAUCCUGUGUUUCAGCUGGUUCUGCUUCACUGCUCACGCUCAGAUGAAGAUACCGCCUGAGACGGUCCAGUUUUGGGCUAAUAUCCUUUCAGUGCAACUACGCGAGACUACCACAAGAUACUCGGGAGCUAACAUUCUACAAAAGAAACUCAAAGAUGUGGAGUCCAUUAUUAAGAUAGUGGACAUCGAUGGGAGAGACCAAGUGAGGGACUUUGCAGAGGACAUGGAGAGAAUGCUGGGGUCCAAGAUGAAGUCAGUUAAGAGGUUGGCUGAGUCUGCGGAGGAUGCAGAUUUGUACCACGACUUCAACAAAACUCUACAGUUUGACUACUAUAACUCCAUGCUGGUGAACACAGCGGAUGAAGAUGGUAACUUCGUAGAGCUGGGUGGGGAGUUUCCUCUGGAGGAGAAUGAGCAUUUCAACAACCUGCCAGUCAACACAAUGCAGAGUGACGUACAGGUUCCAACCAACGUCUACAACAAAGAUGCCUACAUCCUCAAUGGAAUCUACUGGUCGGAGGCUCUGAAUGACGUGUUCAUGAACAACUUCCAGAAAGACCCCACCCUCACCUGGCAGUAUUUUGGCAGCUCCUCAGGAUUCUUCAGAAUCUACCCUGGUAUCAAAUGGACUCCAGAUUCGAAUGGUGUGGCUGCGUUUGACUGCAGGAACCGUAACUGGUAUAUCCAGGCUGCCACCUCACCAAAGGACAUUAUUAUCGUGGUGGACAUCAGCGGCAGUAUGAAGGGUCUGAAGAUGACCAUCGCCAAGCACACCAUCAACACCAUCCUGGACACACUGGGGGAGAACGACUUUGUCAAUGUCAUCGCUUACACUGACUACGUGCGCUACGUAGAGCCAUGCUUCAAAGGCACCCUGGUGCAGGCUGACUUGGACAACCGCGAGCAUUUUAAGGUGCUAGUGGCUGAGCUUCAUGUGAAAGGAGAGGGAAAAGUUGCAAAGGCCAUGAAAGAAUCCUUCAAAAUCCUGAACGAGGCUGCGACCAAGGGCCAGGGCAGCCUGUGUAACCAGGCCAUCAUGCUGAUCACAGAUGGAGCCAUGGAGGACUUCAAAGACGUGUUUGAAGAGUUCAACUGGCCUGAUCGCAGGGUGCGCCUCUUCACUUACCUUAUAGGCAGAGAGAUGACCUUCGCGGACAACACCAAGUGGAUCGCCUGCAACAACAAGGGUUAUUACACACACAUCUCCACUCUGGCUGACGUGCAGGAGAAUGUCAUGGAGUACCUUCAUGUCCUGAGCCGACCAAUGGUCAUCAAUCACAAUCAUGACAUCAUCUGGACCGAGGCUUACAUGGACACUGUGCUACCCAAUACGAAGGAGCUCUUCGCCACAAAGGCUCAAAGUUUACUUCUCAUGACCAGCGUGGCAAUGCCUGUCUUCAGCAAAAAGAAAGAGACGCUGAGCCAUGGGAUCCUGCUGGGGGUGGUCGGUUCUGACAUCCCCCUGCUGGAGGUAAUGAAGCUGGCUCCCAGAUAUAGGCUGGGUCCCCAUGGUUACGCCUUCCUCAUCACCAACAAUGGGUACAUCCUGGCACACCCUGACCUACGUCCUCUGUAUAAAGACGGUAAGACGCUGAAGCCCAAGCCCAACUACAACAGUGUGGACCUGGCUGAGGUGGAGUGGGAGGACAUAGAUGAGACACUAAGGACAGCCAUGGUGAAAGGGGAGAUGGGCACUCUGUCUUUAAACGUGAGAGCAUCAGUGGACAAAGCAAAAAGGCCUUUGUUCUUAACAAAUGACUAUUUCUACAUAACCAUCAACGACACCCCAUUCAGUUUUGGUAUGGUGCUGACAAGGGGUCACGGACAGCUGAUGUUCAUGGGGACAGUCUCUGUGGAAGAGGGCCUGCAUGACCUGACGUCCCCUGAUCUAUCCCUAUCCAAUGAGUGGACGUACUGUGAGACAGACAUUGACCCACACCACCGCAAAUACUCUCAGCUUCAGGCUGUCAUUCGCUACCUGCAGGGGAAGGAGCCUGAUCUGGAGUGUGAUGAGGUGUUGCUGCAGCAGACCCUGUUUGAUGCCGUAGUGACAGCCCCCUUAGAAUCCUACUGGCAGGCCAUCAUGCUCAAUGCAUCUGGGAUGGAGGCGGGUGUGGAGACAGCGUUCCUGGGAACUCGCUCUGGCCUCAUCCGGCUCACCAGAUACACUGGCAUGGAGACCAGGGUUGCCAAGACGUUCCUGACUCCAGCUGAUAAGGACAACCUGUUUACCGUGGACCAUUUCCCCCUGUGGUACCGCCUGGCCAUGGAGAACCCCCCUGGACGCUUCCUCUACUACAUCCCUGUGGAGGACAAAGACAACAGAGACAAGACAGGGGCGUCAAAGUAUGUCAUAGCCAUCACAGCUGUGACUGUGUCAUCAGGAGGCAAGACAGCCAUGGCUGGAGCCAUUGGGGUGCAGAUGUCCUUGGAGAUGCUGGAGAAGAGGCUAUGGACCAUUGCCUUUCAGCCCGCUGACACAGAUUGUACUGAAGUGGAAGGUGUCUGCCCUCUCAGCUGUCAGAGCACUGAUGUGAACUGUUUCCUUGUGGACAGCAACGGCUUCAUCAUAGUCUCUAAAGAGAGGUCAGAGGUCGGACGUUUCUUUGGGGAAGUGGACGGGUCUGUGAUGGCAGCGUUGAUCAAGUCGGGCAUGUACAAGAAGGUGUCGCUGUAUGACUACCAGGGAAUGUGCAGAUCAGGACACAGUCAUUCUAGUAGUGCUCGCCCUCUGCUCAGUCCUUUCUACGGCCUUGCUGCAGUGAUUAAAUGGUUCUUCUCUCACAUGUUGAUGUUCUUACUGGAGUUCAACUUCUGUGGGCUGUGGCACUCGGAUUACGUUGUAGACGCCAAGGCUGGCUACCAUACAUCCCAUAAAGCCAAGAGGAUGGACGCAUUGCAGCCGUGUGACACAGAGUACCUUGGCUUCAUGUUAGACAACUCUAUCAAAGAGACCAACAGCCUCCUCAAAUGUGGACGCUGUCAGAAGAUGUUUGUGGUGCAGGCGGUCCCUGACAGUAACCUGGUGUUGAUGGUGGUCCAGGCGGACUGUGACUGCUCCCGCCAGUACUCCUCCAUCACCCUGGAGCCCAAGGAGGUCAAAUACAACGCAUCAGUCAAGUGUAACAGGAUGAAAUCUCAGAAAGUCAGGCGGCGCCCAAAGUCCUGCCAUGCCUACCAUCCUAAGGAAAAUGCCAAGGACUGUGGAGGAGCUUCAGAGAUCAGCCUAUCCAAGGCCCUCUUCUUGGCUUCUCUGGCCACCUCAUUGGCCCUGCGCAGAUGGACUUAACCAGGCUCCACCUCUCUCAUUGGCCCUACGCAGAUGGAUUUAACAAGGUUCUCGAUGGACAUGAGAAUGCAGACUAAACAAUCUUCACAUUCUGUUUUUGUAUAUUUUCUAAAAGACCUAUAACUACGUAAAGAACCUACCAACACAGUAGUUCAAGUCAACUCUGGAGCAACAAUACAAGGGCUAUUGUCUAGUAAGACUCCUUUUUCCACACUGAUAGAGAAAGAAACUAACCAGUCCUAACCAAUGACUCAAUUUCUUUUGUACGAGCCAUGGGAUAUGAGUUUUUGGACAUGUGAAUCGAAGGGAGAGACUGUUAUUUUCAUGGAGACACUGAUUUGGUAGAAACAUUUCUGCCCUCUACUGGACAAUCCAUCUUAGUGCAGACUGAAGGACAACCACCCUGACAACCUCACUCAGAUGGAGAACUGUUGCCAUAAUAUGCCCAUCAACAAGAAAAUAGGAAAAUGUUCUCUCAUUUUCUCAUAUUUAUCUCAUGUUAUACACAGUAACAUUACGAUGUACUGUAUUGAUACUGUUAUUUUUUUUGUGUAUGUUGGAAUGAACUACUGUACCAAACUUUGUGCUACAAAAGAGGAAGGAAUAUUCAUCUCUUUGUGGUUUUACUUCAUGAACAUUUGUAAGCAAUAAUGUAUGUCAUGACACUGGUGUUUUGAAUGGAACAUGCUGGUGACCAUUCCCUCAGAACUUAGAGGUGAGGUCUAGUAUAGUUUAUGAUUGCUGGUAUGCAUGAAGCUUUACAAAAUAAUUGGCAGGGGGAGGAGACUGUUAAACAACAAUCACCUAUUGUCAAAUGUGAAUCAGAAAAUGAUAUUUUGUUAUUGUUAUUUCCAACUCCACCAGACACAGGGAUCAAUUCAAUCCGUAUCGCCGUAG